UUGCAACAAUCCAUAUGCUUAGAUGCUGAGGAAGAGCUUGGACGGAGCCAGGAAGAUUCGUUGUGAUCAGGGAUUUGAUCCAGAACCCUGGCGAUUGUAGCGAAUAGUGCUGCCGGCGCGCGCCUUCAUCAAGGUUCAAUAUUUUCAACAGUGUUCAACCCUAACUACUACCCGUAUUUCAUCCUUUCUCCUAAUAUCCCCGCUAUAGUCCCCAGUCAUGACCCCCACCCUCGUGCAUUCUAUUCCUUCCCCGCCUCCCGCCCAGUUUCAUCCCGCCGUCCUUCUCAAGCACCCACAGUCACAGCCGAAUUCGCUUAUUCAGUCUAAUGUUGCCAUACAGCCGUGGGUCACCCAACUUGCCCACCUUGCCUCGCAGUACCACCUGAGCGAGUACAACCGUAUAAAGUAUGGCCACCGAGGCUGUCCCAUACCAUAUGCCCCACUAUCACUCAGCGCCCCAGACACCUUUCACGACCUGCGUGUCCGCCAACUAACAAAUAUGAAUGCUGUACUCUGGUGGCCAUGUCCAGAGGCGUCCUGUCCCACUGCACAUAUCAUACCCGCUUCCGAACAGCGCAAUGCACUCAUUAGCGGAACCGCUUGUCCUUCUCUUGACCCGCUUCUCCAGAGAGAGCUGAACGCCGCGCUAGAGGAUACUCUUUCCUCACAAAUACCACCCGCAGCUGUUCCCGAAUGCACCUCACAUUGUACCAUGCCCGUCAAGACAUCUAAAACCCAUCCGUUAAACAUAUCCACCAUCGUGCCUACCGAAUUAUUACCUGCAAUUUCAUCACAUCUUAUAACCAACCCCGAGCCCUCACCUGUCAUCUUCCAUAUACCUGAAUUUUAUACCCUCUAUCGCAUCACGGACUAUGCCCAGCACAUCCCAUCAACAACGAACACUACCUCUCUAGCCGUUUCACGUAAGGCUCACUCGUGUUGGUCAAGUCGAAUUCCGUUAUCACCCUCGAUACCCACCCAUCCUUCUUCACCAAACCCUCCCCUCCCGACACCCCCAGCGUUCACGAACCAACCACCCCAAUCCAUAAUGGAGGCUCUUCAGGCUGCCAUUGACACCCGCUUAACGACCCUCACUACCAAACCUCGUCCUUCGCUUCCAUUCAUAGCGAGGCUUUCUCCUCCUCCUCUUAAACAUCGUACCAAAGUUCGCGUGGUAUCCGAUGAUUUGGCGACCAACCGGUCUUCAUCUGCACAAAGAGGGACUUCUGCUCUGCCCAAGGUUGUCUUUCCUUCUAUGCUCGAUUUCCUUAAUUCCAGUGAACGUGAACAACUUUCAGUUGCAUCGCAGAAUGCCACCAAGCCGAGAACGUCCAGCGCGUUGCUCCAUCCAACAUCAAAUACCAAGCGCUGUUUCAAGCUAGGUAACUUGAUGCUGUCCUCGUGUCCAGGAAAGAAGGUACGCCUCUCAGGUCCGGUCAGAGGGCGCAGCGCCGUUUGUCGAGAUCUCGACGCUGAUUUACGGCAUAUAAGUCAAGUUGGGGCACGCUGUAUUGUCUGUUGUCUGGAUGACGAAGAGCUCGAGUUUCUUGGGAUACAUUGGUCGGACUAUGUGAACUCUGUACACCGGGCAGGAAUGGACAUCCUUCGGAUACCACUGCCUGAAGGCCUUGCUCCACUAUCGCCCCAGUCAUUAGACGAGUCUCUAACAAAGCUCAUCGAUGGUUACACCAUGCGUGGUACAAGUAUCCUUGUACAUUGUCGAGGGGGUUUGGGUAGAGCAGGCCUCGUGGCAUGUUGUUGGGCACUAAAAAUUGGCUUGUGCGGGUGGAUCAACGUGGACCUAUCACCGAACCCAGCAGAAGGCCCCGAUGGCUCGGAGAGUUACGUCAGGCGGGAUACUUUACAACUCGUCGAGCGCGCGAUCACCGUUGUACGGAGACGGCGAAGCGUCAAGGCCAUUGAGACCCUGGAACAGGUGCGGUUUUUGACAGAGUACGUGGACUUUUUACGAGAAGGAGCGGGGCGGGAGGGACAGUCGUGAUUUAUGGCUGGUGUAUUCAUUGUAUUUAGGUGUCGACGGCGUGUAAUUUUGAUUUGUUGUUAUAGCCCUUACUAUACUGUAGUCAUUUUCAUGUGUAGGUUUAGAGAAAGCUUGUAUUUCGAGGCUUCCCGGACAUUGUAAUGUAUGGUUGCAAUGAGACCCUUCCAAUCCUGCUACUAGUCUUAAA